AUGCAUUGCGGGGAAACACACACUCAGACGCUCCGGAUUGACUUGGGAACUGAGGAAGCCCCUACCAGUCUCGAUGGGCUGAUUUCGAUUGCGCACGAGAAGUUAUCGCACGCUUACCGGCUGUCGCAGCCAACGCUCUGCUGGCGGAGGUUGUAUACAGACGCUUGUAUUCUGCGAAGUUUGGCAUGCAUUCUUGGACGGCAAACAGAGGCCUUCGCCGCCGAAUCCGUGGCGCGCCUCGACCAAGCCAUCAUCGUGGCCGGGCCAGCGGGAGAAGGAAGGCUCGAGUUGAUUCAUGAGUUCAUAUCCAGACUUCAAGUCAUGCUACCACCGACAACUAGGAUCUCGCGUUUGCUAACAUCCAAUGCCACUCCAUCGCCGCCGCCACCCAACACUUUCUCCGACCCCAUACUACGACUUGAUACCUCUCCAUCUCUCGCCUCCUUCCUGAACAAAUGCUCCCGUGCGCCUUUCGUCCUGUCCGGUUUCAUUCGCGACUGGCCAGCUCUCAGCGAGCAUCCCUGGCACUCCCUCGACUAUCUGCACUCCGUAGCAGGCCCGGCGCGCAUCGUCCCCGUUGAGGUCGGCCAUGACUACCGGAGCGACGACUGGACGCAGAAGCUCAUGCCCUGGGAGGACUUCCUCGACGCUUUGGUGCCUGCGCGGGACGGCACGCGGCCGGCGCUCUACCUGGCGCAGCACAACCUCUUCAACCAGUUCCCCGCGUUACGCGACGACAUCGUCAUCCCAGACUACGCGUACGCGGCACCCCGGCCGCCGGCGGACUACCCUGAUUACCGCCCGCCGCCGAACGAAGACCAGCUGGUCAUCAACGUCUGGCUGGGCCCUGCCGGCACAGUCUCGCCUGCGCACACCGACCCCUUCUUCAAUUUGUACGCCCAAGUCGUCGGCCGCAAAACCGUCUGGCUCGCCCCGCCUGAGGCAGCACCACACAUGCGCGCCUACGCGCCUGCACCCGACGCGCCCAGCACGCAGCCGCACAAUCCCGCGGCGAACACGACGGAGCCGCUGCUCAGCAACACGUCCAGCCUCGAUGUGUUUGUACCGGAUGCGGACGCGCUGCCGGUGGCGUUCAAGGAGCAUGUCGUGCCGCGCGCGAUGUGUGCGACGCUCGAGCCGGGCGACUUGCUAUUCUUCCCGCCCGGCUGGUGGCAUGCGAUGCGCAGCGAGGAGACGAGCUUCUCCGUGUCGAUGUGGUUCUAGUGUAAACAUACAAUGGUCCUGUUGACCUCUAUGAGAUCUACCCAAGAUGAUUGACCAGCAGGU